AAAUCACCUGUUUUAUAAAGAAAUUUCCCAAACAUGUGACAAAGUCACCUCAAUGAUUCCAAAAUUGAAAUACAUAACAAACACUUAACGUACACGACAUGUUUCUUCAAUGCAAUUCUAACUAAAUUUAUUAACAAAAUUCACUUACAUAAAUACUCGAUAGAUUAUGUUAAAAAGAAAAGCUACAGCAUCACUUAGCUAUAAAAUAUUCAAGAGAUGGUCUUCUUGUGGUGGUGGUGGAUCAGGCAAGAAAGGAGUUGUGUUUGGUUGUUAUGACGGAUGUAACCCUGGCGAUUUCAAAUUAUCCAAAGCAGCAGCUUUAUUCGACAGUGGACAAUCUGGAAAACUUUCGGAAUUGCUAAAAGGCACCGGAGUACCUCUCGGCCAGGCCCAGGUCUUCUCCAAUUUAGGGGAUGACUUCGCCGCCGUUGCAGUGGCAGGAGUCGGCCCUGAAGGAGCUGGGUACGAUCCCCUUGAACGGUUGGAUGUAUGUAAAGAGAAUAUCAGGAUUGCAGCGGGCGUUGGAGCCAAGAAGCUGCAAGACCAGGGUAUCAACCAAAUACUGGUCGAAGGCUUCACGUCACCGGAGCCCGCUGCGGAGGGGGCUUCCCUCGCUGUUUGGAAGUAUCAGGACCUGAAGAACCCGGAGAAGAGGCAGCCCUUGGCUACACUGCUGCACUACGAGCCUGGAGCCGGAAACGCGGACAAGGAGGAGUGGGAGAAAGGAGUUUGCAAGGCCGAAGCACAAAACUUGGCUAGGUAUAUAGAAGAGGUACCAGCUAACUUGAUGACUCCAACAAUAUUCGCAGAGAACGCAAUUGAAGCCGUAUGCCCAUGUGGUGCUCAGGUAGAAGUCCACGACUUGGACUGGAUUGAGACAAAUAAGAUGGGGGCAUUCGCGGCUCUAGGCAAGACAUCCUGUGAGCCGCCAAUGUUCUUGGAGCUGAAAUAUUGUGGAGGUGCGAUUGAAGACGAACCUGUCGUUUUUGUAGGUAAAGGAAUCACCUACGAUACAGGAGGUCUCUGCCCCAAACCAUGCGAUGAAAUGUCCGAGUACAGGGGAGACCUUGCAGGAGGAGCUGUGAUAUUGGGAACCAUCAGGUGCAUUGCGAGGAUGGCCCUCCCAAUCAACGUCAUCGGUCUGAUUCCACUCUGUGAACAUAUGUUCGGCGGAUACGCAACCAAGCCCGGAGAUAUAGUGAUACCUUCCAACGGGAAGUCUAUCCGGAUCGUCGAUCCUAACAACGAAGGUUCAGUCCUAUUAUCUGACGCUCUGAUUUACACUCGGCGUCACAAACCUUGCGCUGUCGUGAGCAUAGCUUCACUCACCCUUGGAAUGAGGUCUACAGUAGGAACAGCUGCUUCUGGCACGUUUACCACUUCGAAUGAAAUGUGGUUCGAACUAGACCGUGCUGGUGGUGAAACUGGAGAUAGAUUUUGGAGAUUUCCAAAUUUUUGGAAAACAUAUACCAGGAGAGUAACAGAGGUAACUGGCGCUGAUAUCUGCAAUGUCGGGAAAGGAAGUGGGAACAGUUGUCUUCAAGCAGCAUUUUUAAAAGAAUUCAUCCACGAAGUUGACUUCGCUCACAUCGACAUCGGAGGGACAGGGAUGCUGGCCAGCGGCAUAGGCCACCCGUACCUGGCCGCAGGAGUGAUGAGCGGUCGCCCGACGAGGUCUAUCGUCCAGUUCCUCUACCAAAUAGCCUGCCCUCACACCAAAGGAGACGAUUGUUAACGAGUUAGCAGCGAGUGUUGUUAUAUGAGUGUCGUCUAUAUUUAUGCAGUACAAAUACUUAAUACAAUCGUUUCUCAUAAAC